AUAUAAUUACGACAACCAAACAACGAAUUGGUUGCUAUACAACAAUAUUUUGCUCUCGGAAAAGUGGAUAGCGACUUUUUUUUGAGGAAAAAUGCCUCCAAAGCCAAAGCUUAGCAAGGCAGAGAAAGAGAAACUGAAAGCAGAGGAAGAUAUACGGAAAGCAGCUGAGGAAGAGGAACUCAAAGCAAAACAGGAGGAAGAACUGAAAGAAAAGAAAAAGAAGGAAAAGGAAGAAGAAGCACAGAAAAAGAAAAGGGAAAAUGAGGAAAAGAAAGACAGAAAGGUUGAAAUGAAUGAACUGAAUGCCCUCCUGGCAAGCAACAGAGAGGCACUUCAGAACCUCCACAAUGAAAGACGUAAACAAAUGAAGUGGAAUCGGUACUUGAGGUGUGAUGGUUCCCCCGACCCCACAAUCCAAGGGGAGAUAAAUACGUAUAUCAAUCUUCGACUGGAAGAUAAAGAUCAUGAUGAUGUGGAGUCUGUCUUCAAAGCAAGCGAACUGGAUACAAAAUUAAUUGAUGAACUGAACUUUUUACUGGAAGAUACACCACCAGAAGAAAUAACUGCCAGAGAAAAGGAGCUGUACAAUCAAACAAAGGAAGAGGUACAGACUUUGAUUAAGAAGAAGAUGGAUGCAGCUACACUUCGCUUGUUACAGGAGGCAACAGACCGUGCUGACCCAGAAACCUUUAACCUUCAGUUUGAACUUAAGAGCCCUGAUGUGUGUCUAAGUCUGUGGGGUAACCUCAGUAAAAAUCCUAGGAUUAAGUCAUUUGAGUUUGCCAAGCAGGGACUGACUUUUGAGAUACCCAGAGUGUUGUGUUUGUCAGACUGUGCCAUUCGUGUCUUAGAUCCUAAAUAUGACCACUACUCACCAACCUGUAAAAGUUACUACCCUAGACAGAAAUUCAAACCAGUUGAGGUUCCUAUUGAGGAGCCAAAACCUGAGGAGGAGGAAGAAAAGAAGGAAGAGGAGAAGAAGGAUGAGGAGGCUGAAGUGAAAGAAAAAGAACCUACAGACUAUACACUUGAAUCAAUAGAUCUGAUGGCUGCUUUAGCCGAAUUAGACGGAGGACCAAAAGAAGAGGAAGAGGAAAUAGAGAAAAAAGAGGAGGAAAAGGAGGAGGAUAUUGAGGAGUAUGAGGAGCCUAAAACUCCAGAGCCCCUAGAAUGGGAGGACUUCGAGGAUGAUGAAGAUGUGGUAGAUUUAAGAGCCAAUGAUAUUGUUGGAGGCGUGUUCCACUUUGAUUUGAUGACACUCCCUCCCCAACCCAAAACCUUGAACAAAUGGAUUGUCACAAGAAUGGUGGAUCCUCCAGAAAUAGAAUAUAUAGAUUAUGUAGCUGACUCUAUCACUCAGUUACCCAAGGAGAACCAGAGUUCUGGGAACACUCCAGUUCAAGGGGAGAAAAGGGACGAUAAACCAGGCAUUGGAAUCACCAUGAAACUCCCCAGUCAUGCAUUGUUUUCUGAGGAGCCCCUCAUUGCUCGCUGGGAUUUCACCAAGAAAUAUUGGAGACAAGAUGGUUUCACAGACAUGAACUAUGACGAAGAUAACAGGAUUUUCUCCUUUAAGACGGCAUACUUUGGAACCUUUGCUCUACUUCAGGACUCUCACCUAAACAUGCCCUUCCAGUCCUGGGAACUCCGCCCACACAAAACCAAUGCUGCAGUGCUCACCAUCAUAGCAGCCAUUGUGGAGGUGGAAAUUGAAAUCAAGGAUGCCAUGUGUUGUCUCAGUAAACCUGAUGACAAACCAGAGUUAGAGGGAAUCAGAAAUAAAUGGGUCACACCGAAGGAACUUGUAAAGAUCAUGAAGGAAGCUGGAAUAAAUUUGUUCCCAGCUGAAGACUCGUCCAAAUACGUCAGCAUUCAGAACAAGAAUCCUGUUGUUACCAAUUGGGCAUAUGAGCAGAUGGCACUGCUAUCAUCAGCAAUAGCAUUCUCAUGGUCCAAGUGGAACAGUGAGAUGGAGACAAGUGACAAGGUUCUGUUCCAAGGGUCUGAGGCCUUAGAAGACGAGCCACUGCUGGAGGAAGAUUGGUGUAUCUACUUACAAACAAAGAAGAGAAGCAUGAAGCUGAAGUGCACAGAAUUUGACGAGGAGUUCUCCGAGGAUUACGCCGAAGGAACCACUUUCCAAUCCAAUCUGUAUCACUUGGUGUUGAGUCAGUGCUCAGAGGAGGCGAAGGAGAGGGUCCACAAUUCCAGUUACCAGUAUGUGGACUGUGUGGAGCAGAUACUGAAGGCUACCAAAAUACUCACCUACUCCUAAUCCGUUCACAGACAACUAGGAGGUGCUGAAGCCUGCAGUCGGUGUUUAAUUAGGGGGGAAAUCUGUGCUUUCUCUAAGUGGGCAUUGUCUUUCAGAACUAUGAUUUUAACAUUUUUGAGAAAAAUCCCUUGCGUCUUAUGAAAAUGAACUGAAUUUAAUGAAGGAGGCAAUAUGCAUCUUCAGACAUACCCUAUUAUCAAAUGACAAGGAAGGUAAUUUGCUAUUUGAAUUUCCUUUGUCAGUAUGUCAUAUCUUUAUGUUGUGUAAAAACAGCAGCCUUGUUACAAUGUGAUUUUUUACAUGACACCAUACAACAUAAUUUUGUAAAUAAUUUUGAAAAACCAUGUUUAGUUGAACAGUACAUGUAUAAAUUUAUUGUUUUCCAA